AAUUUAUUUUCAGAAUUAUAUAAUAUGUACGGUCUUGGAAGAUUAUUGCAUAAGAGAGUCACUACUACAGGAAAUUACCUCAAGAGGUGGCCUGACACUCCAAGAAUUCUGGUUUUCGGCCCUCCAAAUGUCCCAGUUACUAAAUUGUCACAAAGAUUAGCAAUUGACUUGGGAGUUCCUGUCUUAAGUAUGAAAAAUGAAUUUAGUAAAGUGCAGAAAUAUGCAGGAAAGAAUGAAUAUGACCAUCCAUUCUAUCAAAAAGUUAAGGAUAUUUUGGAUGAAGGUGAUCAAGAAACUAUCUCUAAAGAAAAGAUUGGCUUAAAAUUGCUCCGUAUUGCUGAAUAUGCUCAGGAAGGAUUUGUCCUCAAUGAUUUCCCAAAAUCAGUAGCUGAUGCUGAGUCUUUGGAGGAACUAGGCGGAGGUAUGAAUGCUUUUGUUCAUGUCAAUAUGCCUGAAUUCUUCCUUGCACAAAUCGAAUCAGCUAAAUAUGAAUGCAGUGAUUGAGGAGCUGUAUAUCAGAGAGAAGAUAUAAUUGAUGAAGACACUGGAAUUGUUCAGAAGGCUAACUAUCCAGCUGACGGAUUCUGUGAUGACUGUGGAUCUAUUCACAUCAAACCAGCUACAGAUCCAGAAGCUUUCGAGUCUGCUCUAAAAUCCUACACUCAAAGAAAAGAAGAAUUAUUAGACUUCUACAAUUACCUAGGCUUAUUAGUCGAUAUUGACUUGAGGAAAGGCGGACUUGAUGAUUACGAGAGAGUAAAAUCCAACCUGCAGUUUAACAUCAAAUUCUAAACCUUCAAUAUUCCCAAAAA